CGUGACAUCGCAAAUCCAGGUAAUUGAUUGGUUGCCCAUCUGACCAAUCACCUUGCGACGCCCUCUGCCGUUCGCCAUCUUAAGAUGGGGCACUCUGCACCGCACUGGAAUCGAGUGAAGCCUCCAGAAGGCCUUUUUGGUUGAGGGCGGAAGUGAUCGCUGCGUGGUGCCGGCAGCACCAGAAGUGCCUGGGCACGCGAGGGAGCCACGCUCAUCAUGCUUCGUCGGGAGGCUCGCCUGCGCCGCGAGUACUUGUACCGCAAGGCCCGGGAGGAGGCGCAGCGAUCCGUUCAGGAGAAGAAGGAGCGAGUCAAGCGUGCUCUAGAAGAAAACCAGCUGAUUCCCACUGAGUUACGCCGGGAGGCUCUAGCCUUACAGGGGUCCCUGGAGUUCGAUGACGCCGGCGGUGAAGGUGUCACCAGCCACGUAGAUGAUGAAUAUCGGUGGGCUGGGGUUGAGGAUCCUAAGGUCAUGAUCACUACCUCCCGAGACCCCAGUUCUCGCCUGAAAAUGUUUGCGAAGGAACUGAAACUGGUGUUCCCAGGUGCCCAGCGCAUGAACCGAGGUCGGCAUGAGGUUGGAGCGCUAGUGCGAGCUUGCAAGGCCAAUGGGGUCACCGACCUGUUGGUGGUCCAUGAGCACCGAGGCACGCCGGUGGGGCUCAUUGUCAGCCAUCUGCCUUUCGGUCCUACUGCCUACUUCACACUGUGUAACGUGGUCAUGAGGCACGACAUCCCUGACCUGGGCACCAUGUCAGAGGCCAAGCCUCACCUCAUCACCCAUGGCUUUUCCUCACGGCUGGGCAAGCGGGUGUCUGACAUCCUUCGAUACCUGUUCCCUGUGCCAAAAGACGACAGCCAUCGGGUCAUCACCUUUGCAAACCAGGAUGACUACAUUUCAUUCAGGCACCAUGUCUACAAGAAGACAGACCAGCUGACUGAGGUCGGGCCUCGAUUUGAGCUCAAGUUGUACAUGAUUCGCCUGGGCACACUGGAGCAGGAGGCCACCGCGGAUGUGGAGUGGCGCUGGCACCCCUACACCAACACCGCCCGCAAGAGGGUCUUCCUGAGCGCUGAGUGACCUGAGCGCUGGCACCCCUACACCAACACCGCCCGCAAGAGGGUCUUCCUGAGUAAGCUUAGCCGCCAGCCAGUCAGGAUCAGAGACUUGUCACAGACAGAUUCAGUAAUCCUAAAUAGAGACUGGGAGAUCUAAAUAAACCCUCUACGUCAUGCUGCCUGCUGCCUCUGACUGGGCCUACUGUCUGUCAGGACAGACCUGAAGGAUGGAGCCCACAGACUGUGCGUUGAGGACCUAAUGACUGUGGCUUGACUAGGCCCCUCGGGUGGGGGAGGAGUGCAGAUGUGCACUGGAAAAUGAAUGGUUACCUUCUUGGGAGUCUGGCCCUGUGAGCACGUUUUUCCUAUGGUUUAGGGUCAGUCUUUGUCACCAGCAGCAAGCCGACACUGUUCUCAAGUGCCAGCCUAACUUGUCGGUUCAACUCUGCCAAGCAGGUGCUCCCUCCUGUCACUACGAGCUUCUCCCCUCAGCCUCCUUGUUAACAGAGAACGACUCUGUGACUUAAUAUUUCAUGAAUAAAUGCUAGGCCGACAGCUAGUGCCUGUUCCCUGCCUAGCUCAUUACUCA